AACCAGGUUACCCCGCUCCCGGCUUUAGUUCUUGGUGAUUCCACGCCCCUCCCCCCCACUCCCCUCCAACUCCGCGGCGGCCGCCAAAAUGAUGCAGGUCUCCUCGAGCGCUCGACGCUUUCCGAGGGUUCUCGAUCGAAUCCCCGUCCUUCUCCGCCCUCAGCCAUCUCUCUCCUCCGAUCCCGUUGACGCCGUGGACGGCCUUCCCCUCUGCGGACAAUGGCCGCGGCCAAGGAGCUUCUCUUUUCAAACUCCUCGUUCUUUCGUAACUACCAAUGGCAAUCCACGUCCUUCAACCACUAUGUCUCGACAAUUGGUACAUCACCCACUGUGCUCUCCUAUGGUUCGUGCCUGUUUUUCUUCAGUGGCAAAUAAAGAGACCAGACAGCCUUCAGAGAUUGUACAGGAGCUAUAUCAAAAAAUGUCCAAGUCUGUUGAAGCUCGUACCAUGCCUCCAAAUGCUUGGUUAUGGUCGCUAAUUAGCAACUGUGCCAAUCAGGAGGAUAUAAAGCUCCUGUUUCAGAUGUUGCAGAAACUGCGAAUAUUUAGAUUGUCAAACCUUCGCAUACAUGCAAACUUCAAUUGCCAUCUUUGUAUGAGAGUUUCUGAGGCUUGUGCUCGUGCAGGUGCCCUUGAAUAUGGGUUGAAGGCUUUGCGGAAGCAUAAUGUUUAUGGAUUAACUCCAACCAUUGGUUCUGCUCAUUAUUUGCUGCUGCAUGCUAAAGAGCAUAAAGAUGCUAAACUCAUGGUAAAGAUUAUGGAUGUCCUGCAAAAGAACUCAUUGCCACUGCAGCCGGGUACUGCUGACAUAGUCUUCAGCAUCUGUUAUGAUACAAAUAAAUGGGAUUUAAUCUCAAAAUAUGCAAAAAGAUUUAUCAAGGCUGGAGUGAAACUGCACCGAACUGCAUUUGACAUUUGGAUGGAGUUUGCAGCUAAAAUUGGAGAUGCUCAAUCUAUAUGGAAAAUUGAGAAGCUAAGAGCGAAAUCUGUAAAAGGACAAACUCUUGCAAGUGGGUUUUCAUGUGCUAAGGGAUUUCUACUUGAAGGUAAUCCUGAGAGUGCAGCUGCAACUAUUCAUCUUCUCUACCAGAAUCUGCCUGACCAGAAGAAGUUGCGCAUUCCAGAUGAGCUACAAAGGCUGAUCAGUGAAUGGCCACUGGAGGUGAUAAAGAGACAAAAGAAAGAAGACAGGAAGACGUUAGCUGAAUCCUUUAAAAGUGACAUUCCUGCAAUGGUCACUUCUUUGCUCAACAUGGGGCUCGAUGUCACGGUGGAUCUGGAAAAGCUCAGCCAACAGGAAAUUUGAAGGCAGAGUUGUGCAAACUAGAUUAAAAUUGUUGGUUGUGUCUGCAUCAACAUGAGAAGCAGAAGCGGACGAGUAAUAGCUACAGGGUUCUCUGAACUUAACCAGUCACAAUUUGCUAAACAAAAAGAGUCUGAAGAUCUACUUGCCAUGCACAAAAAAAUCCAAGCUUCAUGACAGGACAAUCCAUCCAAAUGUUCACGUUCUAAAAUGAUGUCAUGAUUUUGAUUUGAUUUAGCAGUAGCCUUUCAUUCUGAUACUGUAACAUUUGAAAUUUGUGGAUAAACAAAUAAUUUAAUGAACAAUAAUUGUCCAGAAUUUUUUCUUUUUGGCUGAA